UGUCAGUGUUACUCAGGGUGAAUGACAAAGCUGAUGAGAUUGAGGGUCAUCGCUUUGAACCUUCCACAAUAUUUAAAAUAUUUGUGCAAGGAAUCCAUCUGCAUGAGGUGCAUUGGAAAAAUCCAAAAAAGUUUGAUCCAAAUAGAUUUUUGGGAAGCAAUAGCGAAUUGAUUCAGAAAAAUUCUUUACUUCCCUUUGGAGGCGGAUCUAGGAUUU